AUGUCAUGGCUAUCAAAAGUUACCGAUAUGGCCGGACGUGCAGAAGAGAUGCUAAAUAGACUUGAUCAGAGCGCUGGCGAGGUGAUUCAACACACAGUGGAUAAAGUGGAGCAAGUUCGCACGUCUUCUUCACGAACCGCCAGCCAGCAACAACUAAAUCGAUCAGAAGUUGCGAUUCCGAUCACUGAAGAAGUCGGCACAAAGGUUCCAUCACAGACCCACUCCGAAUACCAUACAACGGGAAGAGACUAUCGAAAGGCGCAUGGCGGUGACCCAUCAACUUCUCGCCCACCUCGUGAUGAUGAGCUGAUGGCGAUGCUUUCUGAGGAGCCCGGGCACCGUUCAAAAAGUCACGGCGUUGUAGAAGGAUUAAACAUUCAACACGAUGCGCCUCGGCCAACAAAAGUGGCCCCCGUUGAGACGCCAAGUCGUCGAAGCUCCACUCACUCGUUAGCCUCACUCGCAGCAUCAGAAACAGCCGAUCAUAGUGGUAUGAAGACUCAACUUCUUGCUAAGGAUUCUCAAAUAACCAUGCUACGCAACAAAUUGGGAGAAGCUGAACGCAAACUUGAAAAGCGGAAUGAGGAGCUCUGGGACAUGAAGCGCGAAAAAGAAACUCUUGAAGGAGAGCUGGCCAAGCGUCGUUCUGAGCCACAAGAAAGUAUUGAAGAGCUUCGGUUGGCUAGGCAAAAGGCGAUUGAGGCACGAGAAGCCGUAGCAGCUGAAAGUGUUCAGUUGAGGAAACGGCUUGCAGCGCUUGAAGAGGACAACUCGACAAUGCAUGAUCAGUUACGAUUGGCCAAAUUCAACUUAUCCGAAAACAAGCGAGAGUUCGAUGAAUACAAAGAGAAAGCAGCAAAGAUCCUUCAUGCAAAAGAAAAACUCGUCGAAUCAUUGAAACAAGGGAGUGCAACUCCGGACUCCAUGGUGAUCCCUGCUGAAUUAGAAGAGCUGCGCGUUGAACGGGACAUGUCUCGUGCUGAUCUGGAAAGCUGUCAGUUGCAAUUGUACAAUUUGCGCAGCGAAAUGGAUGAGCAAGAAAGCCGUACAAGGGAGCAACAACGCGAAUUGAGUGAUGAGCGAAGAUUAUUGACCGAAGAACGUGCUCAAUGGAGUGCUACCUUGCACAUGCUCAACGAAAAGCUUGAAUGUGCUAGAGUUGAGCACGAAUUCGCUCGGGCUGAGAUGCGACGUCAAGAAGCAGAGUAUCAUAAAACUUUCGAGAAAAAAGAUCAAGAAUUGCGCCAAGCUGUUGAAGAAGCAAGACUGAGAAGGCGUGAAGAAGAAUACCGAGUCGGACAUGGACCGGGCGAUAUGGCCGCUGCAGAAAAACUUCUUCAAAAACAAGCAGAACUGGAACAAGCCCUUCGAGAUAAUCAAGUUUUGACGUUACGUUUGGAGCGACUUCAGAAAAACUCACAAGAAGUAUCAGUUAAUUUGGGCGAUGCAGUGAGUCAACCUACCCUGCGCGGUGCGUUGCCAGUCCAAAACCAACACGCUCGCCAUGCUUUGAAUGCUGUAGAUACGGUGUGCUUCAAGUUCGUGACCGCCAUCCGUAACUACCCGGCGGCUCGUCUCUCGGCGGCAAUCUAUUUCGUGGUCAUGCAUCUAUGGCUCUUCUUCAUCAUUAUGACCUACACUCCCGAGGCUCAUAAUGAAUUGUCAUUUCCAGUGCCUGGAAAGGCUACACUCGGUGGA